AUGCGCUCCUUCACAAUGAAAACUUUGAUUGUCAACAUCGUCCUCGCAAUAGCGAUUUGUGCGGUCAAAGGCGCUACGACUCCGCCAUCAGCAGGAAUCGAUCCAACACUUACACAGAAAUGUGUCAAGACAUUCCACGGUACUUGGUUAGACGCACAAAAAAUCAAACAAACCGGUUAUGCUUGUAGUACAACAGGAAACACUGCGCCAAACGACGUCUACCUUUGCAAAAAAAUCGUGACAGAGGCCGAGGCUUCAGGAUGCGGGAAUACCAAAAAAACUUCCAAGUGUCAGGGAGGUUACACAUCUCCACUCACGGAUAACAAAAAGGACGACGGCAAGAAAAAUGACGAUAGUAAAAACAAAGAUGCCAAAGCCAAAGAUGACAAAACCAAAGACGACAAAUCAAAAGCAGCGGCUAGUUCAGCCUUUUGUCGUGAUACACCUGGAAGUCCUACUAUGAAGUGCGACACAAUAAUUCGACCGACUGUCCUUGGAGAGUGUGUCAAAUCUGGUCCGAACACUCACGACGAACACAAAAAUGAUUGGCUCUCACACAAAGCUUGA